AUGGCCUCGACAGAGGGAGAGUUCACAUACAGGUCCGACGGUUCUCCCAGUGUGUGCGGAAUCUACUUUAUUUCACCUCCAGAAAAUCUUGUAGAGAUAGAAUUCACCAGCUUCAAUAUCGACUGUAAAUCCGGACUAGCAGUGGUUGUGGAUGGCUGGGAAAUGAACCAGCAGUUUUUCCCUUCCCCAGAGGAUCACCCUAAAAGUAUAGAGGACCGACUAAAGAAUCUGUGUGGCCGGAGUCCCUCCAAGACCUUUGUGUCAUCACAGAACGUGGCAUUGAUUCAGCACCUUAUUGCUAUUCCUGGCGAAGGUUUCACUGUGAGAGUGCGGUUUCUAAAAAAUCCACAGCCCUGUAACGUCAUCAGCAUGUUUAAGAGAGGACUAUACACAGUGAAGAAUUAUGGCGCCAAGAGGAACUGCUCCGUCUCCAUCAUUUAUCCUGAGCGGGUUCGUCUUCUGUCGGUAGAUGUCGGCGUGACUGGUCACUUCCAGAAAGUGGAAGCCGAAUACGGAAUCAAAUCAAAUUGUCACCGCUAUCUUGGAACAGACGAUUAUGUAGAGCUGGCUGGUGGGAAUGGCUUUGAGAUAGGAUUCAUGAAUGUUCGCGAGCGUUUUUGCGGCUUGGAAUCAAACGUUGGGGAGCAGGAAGUUGUUAUUGGUUGUCAGCAUUCCUCAGUGAGGCUAGUCUCCAGUGGACAGUUCUUUAACUCUGUUACAUUCUUGUACUCAAAUUUAACAGAAGACGAAAUAGGCCGAGAGGACCCCAAUAAGUGUAUUGCAUAGUUCCUACUGCUAUAUAUAGUGCCAUUUGUGUUCAGGAUGGAACCAGGAUCCCAUUAUUCCGUGCCAGACUGGAGUAGCUCAAUGUAGUUGUCAAGACUAUUUGUCUAUGUUUUGUAUUUAUAUUAAUUAUACCGGAUUCAAGUGAAUU